CGUCGAGUCGUCGACGUCUCUUCGUCGGCAUCCGCUCGCUCCCUCCCUCCCUCUGUACCAAUCCCAACUUUCAUCCUCUGCAAACCUACAUUCAGCGAGAGAGCGAAACAUCAUCGUCAAUCUAGACGCUGCUGCUUUCUCGCUGCUCCCUACUCGGUCCUCGCGCCUUUGACGUCUCACCGCCAGUUACACGACCUCGGCCUUGAACCUCAAACCUCGAAUUGCCAUCAGGCACCACGAGACACCUCGAGAGAGCACGACCUCCCUAUACACAUCGUCCGCAAAUAGACUGCUGUUCCAGUCGCCGUCAAAUGACAGGAAGGCUCUUUGCGCCUUCAUCAUCAUCAUCAUCAUCACCACGUCUCUCGUCCUCUGCGUAAAUACAACCCAAUCGCGAAAGACACGACGCCGACGCUCUGUCACUACGACGUCGCCCUUUCAAGGCAUCCGCAUCGAAAGGAUCGAUAGACGUCCAAGAUGCCGCCCCUCUGCUCAUCGGCAGAGGUCAAUCUCCUCAUCUACCACUAUCUCAAGGAGUCAGGCUUCCAUCAUGCCUGCUUCUCUCUUCGUCAUGAGGGAAGAUUAGACGAAGAGCCGCUCAGCAAAGAGGCAGUCAUUGAGCCCGGGAGGCUACUCAGAAUGCUGCAAAAGGGUCUUCUCUACAUGGCUGUCGAAGCUCAUGUCAACCCAGAUGGCAGCGAAAAGGAGUGUACCGCUCCCUUCAACCUCGUCGGCCCGCCUCACGUCUGCGACGGCAAGUCAAGAGGGAAAACCAGCUCUGCCAUCCCAACACCGGUACGCCUUACUCCAGAGCCUCCUGCGCCCAAGGUGAUCACCUCCAGCGAAUCAUCGUCACAGACAGACGAGCUGUACGAGGCGAUCCGAAGCCAGGCGGCGCGACCAACCCCAUCGCCGAAUGGCCGCCACGCGUCUGUCAGCAACCAGGCUGUCGCUUCAUCGUCGAAGAACAAGCUCGACGUGCCGCCAGCAGCGCCGUACGACGACGCAUCCACGAGCAAGCGCAAAGCUUCAGCCACACCGCUGCCCACGAGAGAAGAGAAGAGGUCGAAGCGCGGCGAGGAGGCGGUCCAGGCGCCGAACGGCAUCCAUCGCGAUGAGCAGGAUGACGAUGAUGACGAGACUCUGCCGGCUGCAACGACGAAGAAUGGAAAGCAUCCAAUCUCGCCCAAGGCAGGCAAGCAAUCGCUGCCAGCCAAAGGCAAGGGCGUCGAGAAGGCUGCUUCUUCCAAGAAGGGCGGCAAGAAGAAGAAGAAAGCAGCAGCAGCGGUAGCAACAGGUGGCGACGAUGAUGACGAAGAGGGAGCAGCAGCGUCAGAUCAGUCUCCUGCCCCUCCGACAACAGCAAAGAAGACGGGCAAUGGCGCCGGCAAGAAGGGUGCAGCAACGCAAGCCGUCGCUCAGUUGCCGGCCAAGGCAAAGGGCAAGGAGGUAGCUAGCGAGGACAUCGUAACGCUCCUCGGCCACUCGGCAGAAGUCUUCUCCUCCGCUUGGAACCCCUCUGUGCCUGGUCUGAUCGCUUCAGCAGGCGGUGACGCCACUGUUCGCAUCUGGGAUCUGCCUUCCAGUGGCUCCACAUCACCCGACUCUCCUCCGGCAGUCUGCAAGCACCUCCCAACAACAAACGCGAAGGACGUCUCCGCUCUCGAGUGGAACCCAGACGGGACCCUCCUCGCCUCCGGGUCGUACGACGGCAUCCUAAGGCUCUGGACCCCGCAGGGCGACUUACAUCUCGUCAUGUCGAUGCACCAGGGCCCGAUCUUUGCGGUCAGAUGGAACAGGAAAGGGACUAUGCUUCUUACCAGCUCAGCAGAUGGGACGGCAAUUGUGUGGGACCUCUCUUCGGGUAAGGUCAGGCAACAAUUCCCCAUCCACUCGGACUCCAUCCUCGACGUGGACUGGCUGGUCUCCACGCGCAGCGCCGGGCCGGCUUCAAGAGCGAACGAGGCCACUUUUGCUACUGGCUCGGCAGAUAACAGCAUCAAUAUCUGCCGAGUCGGCGAGCCGAAGCCUGUCAGAACAUUGAGAGGGCAUGACGAUGAGGUCAAUGCGAUUCGCUUCGAUGCCAGCCAGACGCUACUCGCCUCGGCGUCAGACGAUUGCACAGCCAAGAUCUGGAGCGUUGCAGGCGGUGCGAGCAGUACGGCGCCGGGCUCAAGCGCCGGUGCUUCGAGCUCGACGCGCAAACGCAGCAGUCGUGGGCGAAGCGGGGCCGACUCGAGCAUGGAGGUGGACCGCUCUGACGACGAGGGCGGGGCAGCAGCAGACGCGAGCGUCGACGGUGACGUCGACUCCGUCCUUCGUCAAGGCAACAAUGGCUCUCACUCCUCGGGCGGGUCACCAGGCUGUCUCUUCACCCUCACCGGCCACACCAAGGAACUCUACGCCCUCGCCUGGGCUCCUACCGGCCCGGGAUCCACGAAUCCAGAGCAACCACGCAUGCUCGCAACGACUUCCUUCGACAAGACGGCCCGAAUCUGGAAUGCGGAUGACGGGACGUGCCUCAGGGUGAUCGACGAUCAUGUUGAUUCGGUCUACGCUAUCUGCUGGUCCCCUGACGCACGCUUCCUCGCCACGGGCGGGAUUGAUGCGCGCGUGUUCGUGACACGCUGCAUGGACGGGGAGAUAGUCAAGGCCUUUGUGGCAGGUGGCGCCGUAUUCGACGUUAGUUGGCACGUAGCCCAAGAAGGUCAAGAGGGAGGGGAAGGGAAGGAGGGAAGAGCCGUGAUCAAGGAUGAGCACGAUGAAGCAGCCGGCGGCGUCAAUGGCUCGUCGUCCUCGUCAAGGAGAAGGCUCUCGGCUAUGACCAACGCGAGGCAUCAGCUGGCUGUCUCGCAGCAGAACAGGACGUUGAGCGUGCUCGACCUGGGCAAGCUGCUCGAGGCCAACCCAGCGGCGUUACCGCCGCCCGAUGCAGCAGCGCCAGCAGCCUCGACAGCCGGCGAAACCUCGAUGCAGCCUCCUGCGGCUGGCAGCGAGCAGCAGCAGGCGUCAUCAACAGAAGUCUCGGCCGCAUAGCUGUGCUCCUCGUCAUCCCCACUCCAACGCAAUUAGAGCGUAAGGUCAGAACCGGAGGAGGGUUUCUGAAGGAAGGACGCUUGUGAUGGCUUCAAUCUCGCUCAAGUCUCUCAGUGUAUCACAUCUCAGCUUGUCUACUAUGUUGUUCUUGUUUCGUCUUUCCCGACCAAAGAGAGCUCUCGCUAGCGAUCUCAGACAGACUUCAAAUGUCAUCUUCUUGCUCU